GGUUGAGAACCAGGCACAUAACAUCAAAGUACCCAAGCUUGAAGGCUUCCUUGGGUGCUGAUGUAAAAAUGCCAUUGGGAUUGUCGGUUUCCCUAAAGAUCACCGAACGGUCGCUGUCCCAUUCUGGCUCUUCACGUCGUGGUGGCUCACGGCUGUGCUCCUGAUAUGCUGCAAAGUCGCUCAUUGUGUGGUCUGUAUGCAGCUCAGAGAGGACGAAAGACUGGAGAUUGGUCUGGAAACCCAGCUUACACGUCAAUUCGAAGCCCAAAGUUGGCAACGAGUCAACCCAACUCUCAGAAUUGAUACAAACAAUGGCAAAGAGCAAGCUACGGCAGGGUUCGACGAUCACACCAAAGCCGGGCGUAGAGCAAUCAGCCCAAAAUGGCAGACUGACCAAGCAGAGGGCGGAAUUCAAGCCUCAUCACCAUCGUGUGACCUUAUCAACUCCCUGCAGGGGCUGGUCGUUCUAGGCAGACUUCCCCUCACUUUAGACAAGAAUUCCGCAGCCUUAUUGCCUACCAAAACGCCUUGGCCAUACCUUUCCAGCUUUCAACCACAUCAAAAACCGCAGCGCUAGCCGUUGCAUUUCUAGCGCCGUUUUUAUCGCUUCAACAGCCAAUCUGCCAACCCUGCAUUACACAGCCCUGAUGCAUCUCAGACAUGGCUCACAGACAUGCCAAGCCUGAGCUGAAAGAACCCCGGGUAUCCAAACCUCGUCCUCGGGUUAACUCGUCUGAAGCAUGGGGGGGACGUGCUACUUGGGAUGACACAAGAUCGAUCAUAUUGUGUUCUCCGUCAUAUGUCCGACCUGGAUUAUAGCGAAGAAGCAAAGAAGCAUAGGGCUUUCAAACAACCAAAGGUCCAACAGCUACGUGCAUGCUUAUUGAUAAGGGCAAUCAAGCUGUCGUCCGUCCCUGGCCCUCCUCCACCCCGCAUGCUCGCGCUGGUAGCCCACAUGAGUAGCCGAUGCCCUGUUGACUGACCGAAUCAGCCACCCCGUGCCAGUCUGUCAUCGGUGCCUGGGAAGAGCGCUUUUCUCUCUCUGCGGCGAGGUUCCUCGAUUUUGUGUCAGCCGUGGCCAGCCACUCCGGACCGCACGCGUCUCCCGUACAGAGCUUGCAAGCUGCGUUCUUAUCUUCUUUCCUGAAGACUCAUCUGGCCCUUGCAUCUCUUUCAUUUGGGGCGAGCGUGUGGGUGUUACCCAUACCAAUUAGAUCAUCCCGGGUGAAGCUCAGUCACACUUCCUCCGUUGGCCUCUUGAGCAACAGCCCUGUUAACAAUAAUUCUUAAGAUACUGCUGCC